UUUCGCAAGUUGUCAACAACGCCGUCCGAAUGUCCUAGUUCCUAAUCUAAACGCAAUGUUAACGGUGGUCGGUGGAAAUAACAGUAUGUCGAAGGACAACAAAUCCAUCAGGAAGUUCAUUUACUGGCCGAACUUUGAACUCAGUGAAGAUGGCAGUAACAUUGAAGUAGGGACAGGAGCAGGGCUUGACGUCAAAGUGACCAUCAGUAACAGUCUAGUCCAAUGUGUGGGGCAGCCCCUAUCAGAAAAAUGUCGCUGGUUCAAAAUGAACAUCAAAUAUCUAGCUACAGGUUCAUUUAUAAUGUUUGGAUUGAACCCCGGGUGUUUGACUGGGAUCCCGGAGUGGGACAGAUACAAGUCUGUGAGAUAUGUCAGUGACACGGGCGGGGUUCUGAGUCAGGGGGUUGGAGAGAACACCCAUGUCAAGUACGGUGUAGGUGAUGAAAUUGUGUGCUACGUGGAGAAGUUUUUCAAAGACAAGUGCCUGGUCAACUUUUUCACCAAUGGGAAGCUAGUGUAUCGACACUGGGGCCACAUGGACAAGGAGAAUGUGUAUGCCACCGUUGGAGUCAAGUUUGGUCCUGCUCACCUCAUAGUCCAAUGGCCCAAGCCAGGAGACUUCAAAAUUGAUAUACUAUCUCUAGAGAAUUGGAUAUGUCAGAGAGCUUCAAUUACCACUAAAGAUGACACAAAAACCAUGGAACUGACUAAUUUGGUCGGUAAAAAGUCCUGUUACUCGGCCCAGGGCCCAAGACCUUUAAGUAAAAAUUCCAGCUACUUUGAAAUCAAAAUACAGAAUCAGAAGUCGGUGUGCCCAGCUAUUGGCCUGACCACUGCUCUCCUGUCGACAGGGAUGUUCUACGCAUGUGGAUGGGGGGACGAGGACGGCAAACCUACAUAUGGUUACCAUGGAGAAGACGGCUGUAUUAAAAAGAAUAUGUUUGACGGGUAUGUUGCUCAGAAUGAUGAAUGGAAAUGUGGAGUUGGGGACAGAAUGGGAUGUGGAGUUGUCAUAGACAACAAGAAGCUAUCCACCAGACUCCCCGAAGAGACUCCAGUGUAUAUCUUUGCUACAAAGAAUGGAAAGGUCAUCCAUGUCCAGGGGGAUAUUAUCCCAGAAGACGGUUACUAUCCCACAAUAUCUUUCUUUGAAAAAGGUAGUUCAGUGACAGUGAAGUACCCAGCAGAUCCGCCAUUACUGGACAUUGAUAUGGAGAAUCAAAUCAACCUUCAGCGUGACAUCAUCACAGACUUCAAGAUGUCCAACAGAAUCAAGUUUGACUCCUUCGAGAGUGACAGAGGAGCAAAGUUUUCUCUGGUGAAGCAGGAGGAGGACGAUGACAUAGUCCGGGGUAUCAUGUGCCUCAGAAGAGCCUUCAAACAAAAUAACUACUUCCAAUUAACUACUAGUCAAUUCAAAAGUGUUCAAAUGGGUUUCAUGGAGUACAGCUCAGUGUGGGAUGACAAAGAGAAUUGUCUGUACAGCUUUGACAACAAAAAUAUCACUCACAGGGAAUCCCUCAUCAGAACCAGAAACUUCAGCCCAGGUACCACCACUAUCUCUGCCUUGGUUUGGAAGGCCUGUGAUAAGAGUGCAGUGGUGCUUUUUUUUGAGGGAGAGGUCCUAGACAAGAAACUCCUGGGGCGCUGUAUCAUAGAGAGCGCUGCCUCCCAGCUGGAGAUAUUCCCUGCCAUCACCAUGACAGAUGAUUGGACAUUUGAAGUGGAUUGGGAUGAAAGUGAGGCAGUGGAUUUCAACAUUGAGGAGGUAGGGACCUGGAUUUUACCAGACGAGGCCCUGGUUGUGGAGGGUAACACAAUAUCUGUGACGGACCAGGCCCAGUCCUUCCCUGUGUGUGCUCUGUCCUCAGGCAACCUCAGAAAAGGAAAGUCCUACUUUGAAGUCACCUUACUGGAGACCUCCCACAAGACUUUCCCCGGGGUGGGGGUGUGCUCAGCCUCCUGCCCCACAGACUCACUGGUGGGGUACAGGGUCACAUGGCUACAGAACAUUGCUCUCUAUCUUCACAAAGGUCAUGUUCUCUUUGGUCAAGAGAAGAGUUUCGAUUUGUCGGAGGAACAGGAAGUAAAAGUCGGAGAUACCAUAGGAUGUCAGGUUAUCUUCCCUGACAAGACAGACAAACUGCAGAUGGCGCUGGUCAAGUUCUUUGUCAAUGGAGUGUUUGUGUAUAAAGAAGUAAUCGGAGUCAACCCAUCUGGAUUGUUUGUUGCUUUGUGCUUUGAAUCAGAGGGAGACAAGGUGUCGCUUGAUUUUUCCAAAGAAUCCCCUGCGGACCUGGAGACCACAAAAGAGUUAUCUUUAAUGUUUAACAGUUACCAGGAUGAACCCAGGAAAGUGCAGGAAUACCAGACUCUCUCUCGGAAAAAGACUAUGUACAUCACCCAACAGUCCUUUGGGCAUUCAUAUGAUGUUGUCUUCUCUACAGGCACCAAGAUGGGUACUCCUCGUAUAAGAGACCGGCCCAUGUACGUCUAUGUGUCCCACGCAAACAAAGAUGGACCCAAAGCCAAUAUCAUUUUCACUGAACUGACAUCCAGUGGUCUACUAGCGGAGACAUCUGCCUGGAAUGCCACCCCGGCAGCCAAACGGCAGAAAAUCAGCGAGUGUGACAUCAUGCUGAUAUGUAUCUCCAAACAUUCACUCAAAGACUCAGAGCAGGCCAUGGAGCUUCAGAAUCUAGUGACAGAGAAUAAAAAACUGGUUCCCGUUCUUUUGGAGGAUAUGAAAUGGCCGCCUGCAGGAAACUUUAAGUCCCACAGUAAAUAUCUGCUGAAGUUUGAGGAGGCUGUGUUUCUCUUUAAUGAAGACACCAUGGACUUCAAAAAGCUUGUGAAUUAUAUAAGUGAAUUUGUAUUGCAGGAGGACAUUAAAGCACCAAAACUAGAGAUAGCUGAACCAAUCCCAGUCAUAAACUUCAGCAGGGGCCCAAUGUCAACACAAGGACCCAGCCAAUCACCAUCAGCAAUAAAACCAUCCAACCAAAAAGUAUCUAACAAACCAGCUCCUUCUCAACCAACCAAUCAGAAAGAGUCUCCUAAACCCACAAAAUCAGCAGCACAGCCUACCUCUAAGGAAUCGGAUCAGAAACCAAAGUCUAGCACCAAGGUCUGCCAGAUUUUAUGAUUAAAACUUGAAUAAUAAUUUAAUAUUCAUUAUCAUUUUUUGUGUGUGAUAUUACUAUAUAUAUAUAUGAUUGUUAGACAUAUUUUAUGUUGAUGGUAAUCAAAAACUAUUUAUUUUCUAAUUAAACAAAAUACGUGUAUAGUGUUUGAGUGGUUAUUGUGCUGCUUUUCAGUGCAGGGGUACAUAAUGACAACUUUUUACAUUUUGUACAUGCAUGCAUAUACUGUGGAAUCAUUUAAUUUCAUGGGGGCCAAUUUUCAUGGAUUGUGCGUUUUUUGCUGAUUCGUUGGGAUGUAAUUUCGUGGAUGCGUUGGUUUUCAGUUUCAGUAUGUAAACUAAAUCUUUAAUAAUUAGUUUUCGUUGAGGAUGUAAAUUCGUGGGAGAGGGCUACCCACGAAUACCAUGAAAAUUGAGCCACCACGAAUUCUAAUGUAUGCUAUUCUCUUUUGGGAAGUGGAUGAAGGCUAUAUGCCUGCAUGUUCACUUCCUAAAGGAGAAUAACAAUUUUUAAUUAUGUUUCCACUUUGAGGGUAUUUUGAAUUUAAGACUUUUUGUGAUAUUAAAUAUACAUAUCUAAUUCUUUGUGAUUUUUUGUGUUUUCUUUAUACAUGUAGCUUUAUAUAUGUAGCAUUGUGAUAUUGUUGAUCAUAUUCUGUUUUCUGUGCAAAAACACUCCUACCAAUUUUCAUUUAUCUGCAGUAUGUACUUGUUAAUAAUUCACAAAAAAUUAUAAGUUCAAGCAAUCCCUCCUCUUCCAUUUUAAUUUUUUUUUUUUUUACUUUCCAAAGUGGUAUCUAAUCUUUUUGAUUUUGCAAACAGUAAAUAUAGAACAUAUUGCACAGUACAAUGUAUAAUACACUAUUUUAUUAAAAUGCUCAUUCUAAAUAAUGUAUUUGUUUAAAUCAAAUUCCAUUGCAAAUACCGCGGCACUCUGUCUUUUGUCACUGACUGCCUUCCACUUGCCUACUAACUUGCCUUGCUGUAGAGAACUGUCUGCCUAAUUGUGAUCUAGGAUAUGAUUUUUACCUCGCCGCUUUAGAAAGACACAGUAUAUGUACAUCCAUUUCCUUGUACUUUAUCUUUUUUUUCCCUAUUUGAUGUUUUAAUUUUUAACAUUUGUCUUUUAAGAUUGACAGAGCAUCUGUUCUGUUACAUAUUGACCGUUGUUCUUUUCCUUUACAUGCAUUGAACUUCUUUUGCUUUUUUCAUCCAUAAACAGUUUCAGCUUUAGUUUGUGCUAUUGUUAAGUGCAUAUUUAUUAAAUAUAUAUAUAUUACUGUUUAUCUAUGAAUUUUAAUGUACCAUACACAUUUCAUAACAAUUUUAUUUUUUUAUGUCCUAUAUAACAUUGGGUAAAUAGUGCCAAAGUUUGUUUUUUUGUUUGUUUUCUAGUUGUCUCAUUGAAAUAAAUGGGACAUAAUUCUCUAAAAUAAAGAUGAUAUUCAUACAAAAUGUAAAUAUUUAUCUUCAUU